UGUCGCUUCUCUCUUUAUAUAGGACUCUAUGUGGCACUGUGUAGCACUCUUGUUGGAAAGCACCCCAUAUGUUUCUUUCAAAACGAUUGAACUCCUCUUCACCCGCGGAAAAUAAUGAACGACAAUGAAAGGAAUUAAAACUCACUGGAAGAAAUGGAAGUCGACGAUCCGAGCGAAUACAACCGGAAAAUUGUCUCCUUCCAAGACUUCGGCAGAUUUAAGCUGACAGAGAGAAAAUAUAACGAUGACUCUCUCAACAUAUACACAGCGAGGCUGAAUGAUUUACGGGAAGAUACGUUACGCAGAGCAAAACUGAAAUGGACUGACUAUCCACAUAUAGAGGUUUCACGCUUAACCCUAGAAAGUUCAGAAAAGUCUUACAUUCUAAUAGGAGUACUUUACAAAGAUCAGAAGUUGAAAUCUUCCUUGCUGCGCGAUCUCAGCAAGGAGUUGCAGUUGGAAGCUCAACCAAGUAGCAAUUGCGCAUCUGUCGACGACAAAUUAUUCCUGGAGGAUGAAACAUUACGUGUAAGAUUGGUGGGAAAUCACAUAGAUGUACAGGAAAUAGUUACAGGUCUCGUCUGUGCAGUACUAGGGCAUGAAUUAGAAAAUGGAAAUUUCUGGGUAGAAGAUUGGUGUUUUCCAGGAUACUACCCAAAGCCUUCCAACUUGAGCAGCUCAUCUGUGGAAGAUGGAAAAAUUCUGCUGGUAUCUGGAUUGGAUUUAGUCAAUAACACAGAUGAGCUUAGCUUGGAUUUACUCUUGGAAUGGAUAACCGGAAUGGCAGGAAACGCUAGUGUUCAAAAAGAAGAAGCAGUAAUUACUAGAAUCAUUAUUGCUGGAAACACCAUUCGUGGUUCCACGAAGAUAUAUAGCCAUAAAGGCUAUCACGAGAUUAAGUCGCAUGACCAGCUCAAGAUCAAGGAAGACAUAAUGGCGAUGAAUAAGCUCGAUGCUUUUCUCAGCAAUAUCCUUCACUGCUGUUGUGUCGUGCUGAUGCCAGGAGAGUUCGAUCCCACUUGUAAUUACAGCAUGCCUCAGCAGCCUUUCCAUCCGUGUACUUUACAGAAAUCGGCUAGGUUUAAAAGCAUGCAUGGUGCGACUAAUCCGUGGCUCGCAAAUAUUGGAGGUCGUAUCGUAGCCGGUUCGUGCGGCGGACCGAUCAUGGAUAUCAUGAAAAUCGCUGGAUUAUCUCAGCUGUCUCCGUUAGAAUGGCUGGAGCGUACCUUAAUCUGGAGGCACUACGCUCCAACCGGCCCCGACACGCUUCCGAUUUAUCCGUUCUUUCAAAACGAUCCGUUUGUUAUGAAUGAAUGGCCGGAUAUAUAUUUCGCUGGAAACAUGGAUGAAUACGAUACGAAAUUAGUUACAGCUGACGAGGGACAUGCAGUGAGAUUGAUCUGCAUUCCGAAGUUUUUGGAAACAAAAACAGCGGUGCUAGUCAAUUUACGAGACUUGACUACGCAGCCUGUCUCGUUCGGUGAUGGGCCGACAUAAUUUGUAUAUAAAACAAUUGUUUACUGUAUAUCGUUGCAAUAAAGCAUCGAUCACCGCAAUAUUGUAUAAUAUCUCCACAUAAAAGGAGUAUAGAAAAUUAAUAUAAAACAUAAAUCAAGUUUUUCAAAUAUAUAAUUAAAUUUAUUUAUUUGAAUAUAUGUUAUAAUAUAUAUUUUAUAUAGUAAAUAUAUAAUUAUUUAUUAUAAUUACGUAGCCCGUUUGUCAUUGUAUAUAUUACGACAUAUAAUACAUAAAUCUGUAAUAAAGAAUAAAAAUAUAAAAGAGAUAA